AUGACUCUUUUUCAAAAAAUCUCUAAAGAAAUGUGGAGCCGCUUUUUUUAUUGUUGUGUUGGCUUGCUCGGUUGUCUUGGAACAAACCUUUGGUACAUCUCUACAUGGACAACGCUCCUGUUUUUACCAAUUACACAACUCGAUCAAAAUGCCCAAUUCAUUUUUACCGAGAUUCAAGAAGCAUUCGGAGCCACCGUCUUUUUAGCGCUUUUCAUCAGUGUACAAAUGAGUCUACCACUUUUCUUGUAUCAGACUUUAAGCUUCAUUAAUCCAGCUUAUUUUAAACAUGAAAGCGUUCAAAAUGUCCGCGUCGCACUCGUCUUUGUAACUAUGCAUUGCCUGUUCUAUGUGUAUUUUUUAACUUCUUGGAUGCAUUCUUUACUCACUUUCUUUUUGCAAUUCCAAUUUGAAAAUGUACAGUAUUCUCUUCUGACAUUUCAGGCGAAAAUUCUUACAUAUUUUCAAUUUAUCUUUCAGUGUUGUUUUAGCUUCCAAUUCUUGUUGCUUGGAGCUUUUCUGAGCUUUUUAGUGUUUCCAAAGCUUUUACAGAAUAUUUGGUUUCAAUACAAACAUCUGAUCGUGUUUGUGACAGCUCUUGUGCUUUCUUUUAUUUUGCCCCCAGAUGGAUUGCUUCAAUGUGUCGUGACAGUGCAACUCCUGUGUGUUAUUGAUAUCUUCGGAUUCUUUUUAUGUCUCUACACUACCUAUCAAGAAAAACUCCAAGCAAAAGUGUUUUCUUGA